GGCACCCAAAGAACACUUAUAUCAACUGUAUAUACUGCAUCGGUUAAAGUUGUAAUCCACGAUGGCGCCGAUGAUCGCUUAUACGCUGCCCGCGAUGCAGCUCGUGUGUAAUUUAGUCAUCCCGCAAGCUCCGAACUUGACUAUCAAUAAUGUCGAUUCGGGAGUUGCGACGGGUGCGUCAGAUAAUCGAAACGUAUCGGUUGUAAAGGAAUUACCGGGUCUGGAUCAUGACGUCACUCCAACCUCAAAUCCACCUGUAACUCCAUCACUGCCAACGAUCCAAGCCAAGACUCUCCCGGACGGCUACCUAAGCUUCCCCAAAUUCGGAGUAGCCUGGAAGGCGCAUAAUGAAACUGCAACGUAUCCAGUGGCUGCUAAAAGGUGCGUCGAGGAGGGUGGAAACUUGGCGGUGAUUGAUUCCUGGCGCAAGUUCAACGUUGUGCAGCAACUCCUAUCGAAAGACGAUGAACACUAUUUCGUAGGCAUCACGCGCAUGUACGAAACCAAGGAUUGGGUCGACGUCAGGACAGGAUCACCCGUGUCCGGCAUACCUUGGGGUCCAGCUGAACCCAACGAUGAUAGGUACUGUGCCAAAAUGAGAGCAUCGUACCCCGGACUGUGGAAUUGGAUAUGUUUGGAAAAGCAGCGUUUUGUGUGCGUGAUUCAAGUUCCUCAGAGCCAUGACUAA